AUGGGUUUAUUCUUGAAUCGCGUACAUCUGUCAGCGUGCACGAUCAAGUCCCUGACCUCAAAAGAGGCCAAGGAUGAACAUCCAACUUCGACAGCAGGAUGGGCUUUUUGUUAUGGCAUCGUAUACUAUAUAACGAGGGGGGUUAUCGCAUUAUCUUCUUUGAUGGCCACUCAGAUCAAUAUUCCAUCAAACCUUACUGAUGCCGAGAGAGCUUUUAUAUCCACAGAUCUUGACGGCGCGUUGAAUUCACGAGUGCUUUAUUCUCUACUUCUCGGUUUAUAUACAGGAAUCGUUGCUGUCACUUUGGGGAACAUCUUUAUGAACAAGGAUCGACCCACUGGACGAGGCAUAGUCGUGACUAUAUCCCUCCUCCAUAUUGCAACUGCUAUCAACUUCGGCCUCGACUGGGUAUACAUCCGCACUAUUUUUGUUAAAAAUGGACAGAGUUCUUGGGCAGAAUAUGUGUUUUACAAUAGUUUCGACAUAAAUUUAACUGUGGGGAUGGGUACUACAGGUGCUAUAUGUACUGUUCUUGCGGACUCCACUAUGAUCUGGCGUUGUUGGAUGGUCUGGGGACGGCGAUGGCAGAUCAUUUUGCUCCCUACUCUUUUCCUCAGUUCUACAAUUGUAUUCAAAAUCAUUGCUACAUACAGAUCAUAUGCCACUAUAAAUGGGUACACCCCUGGAUAUGUGCUCCAAUCAGCCUUUAUCCUCGCUACAACUCUAUCGUGCACCUCGCUCAUAAUUUACCGCAUUGUGACCGUUGCACGAGCAGGAGGAACUCAAGUAGGAGGUGGAGUUGGAGCUUACCGCCAUGUUAUUGAGGUCUUUAUUGAAUCGUCGGCUCUUUAUUCCUUAUCCUUGAUCACAUAUGUAGUUGUAUUUUCCUGCAACACCAGUGCAUCGCCUUACAUUGAUAUCAUAACAGGAACGGCAAGAGGAAUUGCACCGACACUCCUUGUAGGGCGUGUCGCAGCAGGUCAUGCUCGAUCAGACGAUUCCUGGCAAGGAAGCAUUGUGUCCUCCCUUCGUUUCGGUGCACAUUCCAGAGAGUCUCAGCAAGAUUCCAGUGCAACAAGUACUGACCUCGAAGGCCAGCAGGAGAGAAGCAACGAAUACGACCAUUCCACGUCGAUGGCCUCUAGUGCCGACAAUAGCCUCAUCCAUCAAGGUCACCGCGAAACCCAGCGAGAGAGACCAGCGAAUGAUUCUAACGCGGCGAUCAUCACUGUAGACAUUUGUUGAU